AUGCUGAUGAAGACCGCUCUUACUGCCCUCUUGGGCUUGGCCAUGGUCACCGACGCAGCCAUUGUUCCCAACACCGACUUCUCGACACUCGAGCAAAGGCAGAACCGUAACGGUAAAUUUGGUGGUGGAAACCGCAACCAGGGUGGAAAUGCGGGAAACAAUGCCAACAAGGGAGGCAAUAACCAACAACAAGCCAAUACCUGUCUGGCUCCGGGUGCCAUCCAGACGGGUUCUGCAUCGACGGGUCAGAGCGGUGCUGGGGCGGCAGAUGGCCAGGUCAACUCCAAGACCGACAAAGCCAACUUCAUCAACUUCUGUAAUGGCCAGACCUUGACGAACGGUCAACAAAUCAAGUCUGGCUCCUGCAACGGCAUUCCCAUGGGCAAAAUUCCUUCCACCGACCGGAUGAUUUCCGCCGUUAUCCUCAACCCCAAGAACAACGACAAUAUCCAGGCCAGCAAGACCUUCACUAUUCAGGUCAAGUUGAAUAACAUUGCGCUGGGUUCCUUUACCAAUGCUACCAGCACUUACUACUCAGCUCCUCAGGACGUCGAUGGCUCUGGUAGAGUUAUUGGUCACACCCACGUCACCGUUCAGAACACGGGCAACACAUUGAACCCCACAGAGCCGCUCGAUGCUCGACAGUUCGCCUUCUUCAAGGGUAUUAAUGAUGCCGGCAACGGAGCUGGUACUCUGUCGACCGACGUGACGGGAGGUCUCCCCGCGGGCAACUAUCGUAUCUGUACCAUGACCUCGGCGUCCAACCAUCAGCCUGUUCUUAUGCCUGUUGCGCAGAGAGGUGCCCAGGAUGACUGCCGGUACUUUACCGUUUCCAACAACGGCGGCGGCGGCGGCGGCGGCAACAACAACAACAACGGUGGCAACAACGCCAAUAAGAACAAUAACAACAACAACAACAACAACAACAACAAGAACACGGGUAACAACAAUACUGGCGGCCGGAACAGGAACUCAGGCAAAAACGUCGCCACCAGCCAAGCCAUCGCCGGCAUCUCUGCCCCCGCCGUCACCAACUCGGGCAACUCUCAGCGUCCCUUCGCCGUCAACGGAGCGACCUUUGUCAACAAGGCCGCCGCCGUCCAGCGCGCCUGCGCGAUCCAGAACAACGCUUGCGCGAAUGCCGUCAAUAGCGGCAAGGCGUCCGGUGUCACGCUUCAGCAGUGUAACGCUCAAGAAACUGCUUGCAGGGCUGCUGGUGGUGCUUAA